AUAUUUCUCCCGCUAAUCGCGUCUACUGAAUAGAAAGUCUUCAGCUCAUCAAUCUAGUCAUAUGCACUAGUAUAGCAGUGUGCUUGUUAGUACUCAUUAAGCAUGCCUAACACAAUUCUAUUAAUUGACCAAUCUCUUUAUGCACGCACAUCACACUUGAAGCUUACAAAUACCCUCCUAAUUAACCCAUUCAAUUAAUUAUUCCCACACACAAAUUAACAAAAAUAAAAAAUAUGGCACUCCCAAAACCAAUCCAAAUGCUCAUUCUCAUUCUCAUCAUCCUUCACUACUCAUCACCAGUACCAAUAGCUCUUGCUGCUUAUUAUAAUAAAAUCCCCACCUACAAUGUUUUGAAUUUCGGGGCCUCGCGCUACGGGCUAUCCGACUCCAAGUGGGCCUUUCUGCAGGCGUGGAACCGGGCCUGCGCCUAUCUGGGGCCCGCAGCCAUUAUUUAUGUGCCCGAGGGGAGGUACCACUUGGGGGCCGUGAUUUUUUAUGGCCGCACCUGCAAGAGGAAGGCCAUCGCGAUUCACAUCGACGGGACUCUUGUGGCUCCCUCGAAUUACGAGGUUCUCGGGAAUAGGGAGUACUGGUUGAAGUUCGUGGGGGUCAACGGAGUUUCUAUCUUUGGCGGAAAUCUUGACGGCCAAGGGAAGAGUCUGUGGGCCUGUAAAAAUUCCGGCAAUAGUUGUCCUCAUGGAGCCAUGUCAUUGACGUUCUACAAUUCCAAAAACAUAUACAUCAACGGAUUAACCUCGUACAACCCCCAAUUUUUCCACAUUCUUGUGGAGGGUUGUCAAAAUGUCAAGCUCACAAAUGUGAAGAUACGGGCCCCGGCCCACAGCCCGAACACCGACGGCAUUCACGUGAACAUGUCCACCGGAGUUACUAUCACCAACUCUAACAUUGGCACGGGCGACGAUUGCGUCUCUAUCGGCCCCGGAACCUCCAAUUUAUGGAUCGAGCAAUUGAGCUGUGGCCCAGGCCACGGAAUAAGCAUCGGGAGCCUCGGUUGGACGUGGCAAGAACCCGGAGUGCGAGACGUGACGGUUAAAUCGGUUACACUCACGGAAACCCAAAACGGGGUUAGGAUAAAAACAUGGGCGAGGGACACCACAGCAUUCGUCCAUCGAGUUCUCUUCCAGCACAUAUACAUGCAAAAUGUCGGAAACCCGAUUUUUAUUGACCAAAAUUACUGUCCAAACCACAUGAACUGCCCGACCGAGGGAUCGGGCGUGAGAAUUAGCGACGUGACGUAUCAAGACAUAAGGGGAACCUCGGCCUCGCAUGUUGCGGUAAAUUUGGGGUGCAGUGGAAAAAACCCGUGCAACAGAAUCACCUUAAGCGAAGUCUUUCUUACCUACGGGAAGAACAAACCAGCGACCGCGUCCUGCGGCAACGCGCGUGGAACCGCGGUAGGGAAUGUCAACCCAGCCGGCUGCUUUUAGAAAGGGCCGCCACUGGCUUAAAUUUCUUUCUUAAAAAAGAAUUAAAUAUAAAAUUUUUGUUGAGACUUUUUCAGAAACGGUCAACUAAUUUGGCCAUCAAGGUCUAACAUUUCUCUUUUUCUUUUUUAGUCCUUUUUUUUUUCUGAAGGAAAAUUAUACUGUUUUUGUGUUAAUUAGUAGAAACACAAUAUGUAACUUUUGUAUUAUUAUUUUUGGAAUAUCCUUUUAUAUAUUAAUUAAUA